CUUCAGUGAUGCCAAUUCAUGAAAAAGCUCAAAUAUGGACUCAUUGGAAUAAAUCGCAAUUGAUCGAAUGACGCAUAUUCACAUUUUCGAAAUGCAACAUGAGCCAUAUUUUUGAGUGCGUCAAACCCUCAUACUUGGCGGGACCUUCCUUUUCGUUUGAGGGUGACUUUGAAGCGCGCAGCAACCCUGAGCGAGUGAACAUUUCCCCUGCGCAAAUCCAGCGGAGACUCAGAGAGUCGUCAAAGAGAAGAAAUUCUCGUAUGUAGAGGCUAUAUAGAGGGCACGUGGAACAGCAGGAAGUUCAGUUCCACUUGCUACGCUCGACACGAAAGAACAAUUAUUGUUUGCUUGUUCCUCUAAUUAUUAGAGUGAAUCCGCAUUGUUGUGAAACAGAAACAGUGAUCCUACGUACAGCUACUACUUCUGUUCAUUGAUAUUUGCUAGUAAACCAAAUCAACAAUCUAAUCAUAAUGAGGACAGAUCAUCCAGAAACUCAAGCCUGUCUCGAGUACUCGACUCAAAAUACCAAGAGUUGCUCUUCAUCUGAUGUAGAGGUCUGCUCUGAAUCGUCCUCAUCCGGGAGCGACUCGGAAUAUUCAUUGCCCUCAGAGAAUACCCAAUCUAAGAUGAAAAAUCCGUUUUCCUUCGCCAUGAUGACCUCAUCAGCCUCGGCCUCCAAUGCUUCAUCCUCAUCUUCAUUCUCCUCCACGUGUUCCAAUGUGACGUCAUCGCCGACCAAGCGGAACGAAGAGAGGGAAAAGCUGGUGAAUGUGAACCCAGUGGUGCAAUCCCUCCAAAAGCUACAGACUCUUCAAAGCCAGAACAACCCAACCACGCACUUACAAGAGCGAGACCAAGCCAAAGAACAAGAAGAGCUAAUGAUCCAAAGGCUGUUAUUGGAGGUCAAAGAGAUGAGAGAUCGUGUUUUGGCGCAUUUGACGUCCCGAUCUCAGAAGCGCAUCAUGAAUGAGCUCAAACAACAGUUUUCCAGCAUGACAGAGAUCCCUCAGUUGCUGGGACGGUGCUUUAACUUGUCUUUGAAUGUCAAGAUCAUUGGACAGUCCUUUGAGCACGGUUACAUCGAUUCCACCAUUGGAGCGAGGAUCUUGUCAGACAUUCUAAUCUUGGAACAGAGCUUGAGGCUCAUGCUCAGCAGCCAACAACCCGAGGAUCUCAAGCGUUCCAAAGCCAUGAAUAAUUUCUUGUCACUGUCAGGCCUCAAACUUGACAACAAGCAAGAUGGAAGACCCAAAUUGGGCUUUUGAGCAGCUUAUGCAAGGUUGAUGUAAACGAUAAUAGUUUUAUACGAACCACUCUUUAUACUCGAGGUCUGCUACCCAUGAGUCACAAUUGGGAUUUUGAGGCAUGAUUGUUGGUUACUCGAUUUCAUAUUUAUUUUCAUGUCUGCAGUACGAAUCAAAACUACCUAUCUUUUGUCUGCCAUGAAGUAUCCAAAUAAUGAUCAGUGGCUUGUAGCCUCAGAUUAAUACACCGUUGGCAAGCAAUUGCUGAGAAUAAUAUAUGUCAUAUUUUCGCUAUACUA